CAGGUGGGCAGAGAAUGUCGCGAGAGCAAAAGUGACCACAGUCGCAAGCCGCGCACCGUUCACAGCGUACACAGCCGAAACGCACGCGCAACUGGCACAGGUGUUCCCCUCUCAGUGACAGGAAUGAUGUUGGAUUCGACUUAAAAUUAUCAGUGAUUAUUUUUUGUAUGCUGUAAUUGAACAAUUGUAAAUAAGAAAGGAUGCGGGCUGGCGUGUGGUGGGGCGCAAUCGCGCUGACUCUCCUACUCGUAGCUUCCAAUGCCAUCCGAACUGUACAGGGUGAAGGCACAUCGCGAGUAAGCAGAAGACCAACCACAACUGAUAGAAGUUCAAGUAAUAUUAAUAGAGCAGAAGAUUAUCAACCAACAUUCCGACCGAGGGGUAUAAGAAGAAGAGAAGAAAGUCCCGAACCAAUAACUCCUCGAUCAAGAAGUAGAAGUAGAUUGCCAGAGAAAGAAAAUGUAGUCGCUCAAAUCGACGUUACUCAAGCUCAACAAUCACGACCAAAUGAGCAAUUUGAAUCAAGAAGAUCGAAUUCUCGAACAAGAACAAGGCCUACUGAAAUCACAGCAACUUCUGAAAAGACAUUAAGUCGUGAAAAUGUUAUUCGGGCCAGAUCACGACAAAGUGGACGAAGAAAUUCUCCCACUCCACUAAGCCAAACUCAAGCCACUGUUACUUUAUCCUCGAGGUCAGUGGAUACAAAACAGGACGCAUCAAAUGUCAAAUUAGAUGAAAUAUCUAAACCCAUUCCAACUGCUGAAACUAUUCCUGCUAAUCAGUUUCGAAGGCGGAGUUCAACAGUAAGCACAUUAGAAGAGACAAAACCUGCACGAUCCCGAGGACGAUAUGAUUCUAGAAUAAAUACAAGCUCACUUGAUUUAGAAGUUUCUGGCACAACAAACACAUUUACUGCUACAGCCAAGGAACAGUCUGUAUUACGAGAAAAUGAUUUACGGAAUUCAAGGAAGUUGAGGUACAAAACAAGAACAUCAGAAACGGAUACUAAUUUAACUGGAGAUGGAAUAGUCGCGACGAAUGAAGUCAUAAAAUCUAGUCAAAAAAAUGACUUAACUAGUCAAAGAGAAACAAAAUCACCUAGUUCAUCGACUACUGAAAGAGUUUCUUCAUCUACCGGUACUUUAAAAUCAAUGAAAGUUGUUAGACGGCCAAUUUCUCGUGGUACUUCAACUAAAUCAGUUGUUGUGAAAAAUAAGUCUAAAGUUUCCGAUGAGAUAAGCGAGGAUGACAAUUAUCCGGAGAGUUUUAAAGCUCUAAUACAAGCUAAAAAUGCGACACAACCAAACUCUCCGUCAAGCGAGAGUUUGUCAGUGAAAGCAUCACAAGUUUCUAAAACUUACGCUUCACCCACACAAUCCAUCAUCACGGGUCCUGGCACUGACAAAAAUUCUCGGCUUCGCAAAAAAGUGAAAUUAGAAGAAAAUUCAGAUACUGAUCAAAAUAAAAUUGGAACAAUUGCAACAACAACAAUAUUAACAACUACAACAAGUACAACGAGUUCUACUACGACAACUUCUACUACCACAGAACAGUCAAAGUCUCGGUCUUCUGCUUACCGUCCACGUGGAUCGUAUUUACCGAGAAAUAAAAAAGUAAAUAGUACUCCUUCUGACAUCUCCAGUACAUCAGCUAGUCCCAGCACAGAAAGACAAUACAAAUUUAGUCGAAAAUUUAAAAGUGUAACAAAUGCGCCCAAUACUGAUGUAGUUCUGAAAACAAAACGAGUAGAUAAUUCUAUAACAAAAAAGCCAGUAAUCCGUUCAUCAUUAUUUUCGAGAAAAAAUGACCCACCGAACAAUGCCACAGUAAUACCAUUAAAUGAAAAUCGUAAACGCGACCGCGUCCAAUCAGCUAAUUAUUUUAAAGUUAGAAGAACAUUACCAAGCACGUCAUAUUAUUCAAGGCAAAGGAACAAUAUAUCAAGUACCACAGAAACAAAUACUGUAGUCGAUACUGAGACUGCUAUCGCUGAUAAAAAGACCGAAAACUCAAAUGAUCUUCCUUUAAUUUUCACUUAUUUAAAUAAUCCACCAAAAUCUACAAACAAGCACAAUGAAAGCGAGAAAUUUUCACGUGAAAAUAGUACUGAAAAUGAGAUAAUAAAUAAAGCGGAGGAAAGUGAAAACAAAAUUAUUGUAAACACUGAAGUAACUACUCAAAAAUAUCAUGCAAACUAUAAGGGAGAUACUGAACCUAAUCAAAAAUCGGUGACAAGCGCUACUCCAGCCAUUAGAAAUAUUCAGACUAGAAAGUAUGGACGUAAACCUAUAAAAACAAGGGAUCAAGCUUUGAAUUCAUCUCCAGUGAUUUUUAAAACAAAAGAACGAAAUGUACGAAAAUAUAGCGAUACAUUUUCCAAAACAACUGAGGCUCCAGGAAAUAGCAUACAACCAGAACCCGAAAAACCUAAAAAUAAGUUUAGUUCCAAAUACAGAGCAUCUUAUUUAGAUAAGCCAUUUUACAAACCCACUGUUCCCACGGUCACUCCAUCUACUGAACAGGGAGAAGAAAUACAAUUAGGGCCCGAAUUGAAUGCUAUAGCUAUAACUAAGACACGUCGGCCAUUAACUUCGGCCGAUUUGAGACUGUCUGAAAGCUUGACGAAACCUUUACAAGUAUUAAAUGUUGAAGCAUCACAACAUUCACCAUCAGUAACAGUAUCCAUAUUUGAUGCUUUAGCUGAAAUACUCACGUCAACGCCAAAACCUCGAAUCUCUACAACGACCGAAGUUUUACCAAAACAAACUACCGAUUCCAAUGUAAAGCAAACACUUAAUGGCGUGAGUAACAACGUUAAUGUAAAUAGUGGCACAGGCUUUGCAAGUAAGGAAACGGUAACAUCAAAGGAUAAUUUGAACACAAAUGCUAUGUUUGUACAAACCACUGAACAGAAUAAACAAAUUGUGUUUAACAGUAUGCCGGUUGGGGAAAAUGUUACACCGUCACUAAAAGCAGAAGACGAAAAAACCAUCUCUGUUACCCCACCCCAAACAACUUCCACUCCUCCUCCUACUACUCCUUUGUCUGCCCGUAAACCAUUUGCUAUCAGAGUUUUAUAUUCUGAAACUGAAACUCCAAUUGACAGAAUGACAACUGCUGCAUCAACAACAAAUGUGCUGUCUACUGACAAACCGACAAUGGUAUAUAAUAGCAUAUCUGAUCUUUUAUUAUCUAAUAACGGACUAGUUUCUUCUGGACUAACAAGCAUGUUAUCGAGUAACAUUAGAAGCAUUAUUGAAGGUAUGGACGAAGAAAGUAAAUCUAGGCUAUCUGUAGGUAUGACUAAUUUGUUAAACACGUUGAAUCCUGACGCUUUUAGCAGGGUUCCGAUAGUUGAUGAUAGUUCCCCUCCUAAUACUACGCCUUACAGUUUGGAGGAUAUUAAAGACACUGCAAAUAUUAAUAUAAUAAAUGAACCAUCUGACGAUACAAAUAAUGUCCUCCAAAGUGUAGACAUUGAAAAAAUUGUAAAUAGCACGGAAAUGCUUGAUAAUUCACAAAUGGUCAAUACUGAGUCUAGCGUGUCUGUAAAUACAAUACAACCCACGGAAAUUACCGAAACUACCGUAUUUGCAUCUGAUACAGAGACAUCAAUUAUUGAUACUACCAUAAGACAAGAUUUACAGGUCUCUACUAGUACUAUCAAAACUACAGAAUUAUUUAUCUCUGAAUCAGGUUCAAGUACAAUUACUAACAAUGAUAUUAUCCCUGAAAACUCCACCGAGGACCCUGUUAACAAUCUUAAAUCAGUCCUAUCUUCUACCAACUCUCCAAAAGAAGACGUUAUUCCUAUUGAAUUAAACAGUUUGCGAGAAGAUUCUCUAGAUACUCAAUUACAAUCACCAGUUUCUUCAAUUCAGUUGUCACUAAAUGAAUCAGAUGAAGCUAAUGAUUUGCAAGAUCCAGGACAAGUGUCACAACUACAAUUGUGGGUAUUGUCAAAAAAAGCUCGCGUUCUCAAAAUGAUUGAAGAUCUAUUACGUGAUCAUAACAAUGAAAUUAGUAAUCCACCAUUCAAUAACCUCAUUAAUCGCAAAAACAGCUCAAGUGCCUUAAUGUCUAGUCGCUUGACGGAGAUAAUGAAUACCAUGACCUUGACGACUGUUACUUCUGACACUGAUAAAAUUGAAACAAGUUCAACAACAUUUCCUAACGAUUUCCUUAAUCCCACGACUAAAUCCAUUACCACAUCCCCAUCAACAGUUCCUUUAGAAACCACUACAACUAACAAUGCAUUUAUAGCAACUACCCUAAUCAAUGACGAUCCAUUAACAAAUACAAUAAAAACUGAUGAAUCAACGUUAGAGACUGCUAGCAAUGUUGCUGAUGCGUUCACUAAUGAUAUAUCGAUUAUGAGUGCUACACUCUCAACUAGCCAAGAUGAAACAACGACAGAGGCAGUUAAAGAGAAAGAAAAUGAUAAUUUAGAAACUGUGCCUUCAAGCACUACGAGUGAUUAUGAUUUAACAACUAAAAUUGAAACGGAAACUACUACAAUACUAAGAACAACAACUCUAGAUGAGCCAGAUAAUACGACACCCUCAGGUAUAGAAACUGCUACAACUACAGUUACAAAUGAUAUUAAAUCAAAUGACAUAAUAACAGUCAGCAAUCAGCAAAACUUUGCUACACAAUCAACCAUUCCAAAAAAAGAUUUUGUUAUUUUUGGAAUACUUCCUAAUAAUACAGUGGUACGUAAAGAUCCUAACGAUAACCCACUGGAAGCAUUAACAGAAGCAAGUCCAUAUAUCAUUUACGGCGUACUACCAAAUAACACAAUAAUACGCAAGUUUCCGAAUGGAACUCGAGUGCCACAAAUCAUGCAAAAAAUUGACGUACUACCAAUCAGUCCAUGGAGUCUAAAAAAUCCAUACAGCCCCAUCCAUAACAUUCCGGCCAUUGUCAGACCACAGUCUAACCCUAUCCGAGUUUCCACUAAUACUGUGAUAUCCAAAGACACUUCAAAUAACGAAAAGGAAAACCGAUUAACCAUCGACACUGUAAAUAACCUACAAGUAAUGAUACCCUCAUCGGCACUUAAUAUAAAAGAUAGCAGUUCAUUGGGUAUAACUACCUCCACACAGCCACCUGCUGAAAAAAGCACUGCCUCGCAUGUUUUAAGUUUACGCACAACUACAAUGCUACCUUCUGUUGAUGAGAUUCUGCUUAAUAGUAUAUCUUUGGCCACUAAAGAGGAGAUGGUCAUAUCUUCAAUGACAAGUUCAACUCCUGAAACAAGAAUAUUAACACUGGAUAUCGAUCCGGAGACUAAACAAAUCCGAACUGAGAAACCUGAUGAUGCUAAUGGAAACACAGUAUUCAAAUUUAUUCCAAUAGAAGACGUCACGGUAGCGUCUACACAAGAGUCUAAUGUUUUGAAACUGGCUUCACCUAAAAUUCCUAAAUUAACUACAGUUAAUAAUCUUCAAACUACAACCAUUUUGAGUACAACUGAAAUUAAUACACAAACACCACAAUUACAAAUGAAUACAGAAAGUAACAAUGAAAUAACUACAACAGUACAAACUUCUGUAGGCACGCCAUUUGAACUAAGUACUGAAACAGUCAGAGAUGAGCCUCCUACGCCUGUAUUUAUGGAUGAACCUCUUGUCACUACUGAAACCCAAGUAACAACAUUGGCAGAAACGACACUCGUGUCUUCUGUUACAUCGGAUGCGCCGGCUACUGCCGAGUUAAGUAACUUUAACCCUACGCCGAGCAGCAUUUUAUCUGAUGGAAGUACAACCGAGACUACAACUGUAACAACCGAAACAUCAUACAUGCCUACGACAUUACCAAUAUCAACAUUCCGUGUGCCUACAGCAACCUCAGUAGCUAGUGCAACAAAUAUAGUGUAUCAAAUGCAAACUGAACGAAAUCCAAAAAAUAUAGGUGGUUUUGAAAAUGCUAAAAUUUUGGAAAAUCAGCAACAGGAGAACGCAAAACUUUUACAAGCACUUUUAUUAGCCAUGGGUCAAAAACCAGCUAGCAAAGUGAACUCUAAUGCUAUCACUAAAGUGCAAACAACAACCGUGCGGUCUAUUGAAGAGGAUAUAAGGCAAUUCGAAGAAGAUACGAAAUUGUUAAAAGCGUUACUGCAAGCUACUGGAAGAGAUCCUACAUCCCUAAAUAUACCUUCAUUGGGUGAUGUCAAAUCUAUACUAACAACAACGCCCGCCAUUGCAACAACAACUUUUAAAACUUCAACAACUCCUAUAACUACAACUCAAUCAGUACCACCUACAACACAAGCAUCAAUAGUCAAAUCAACAACAUCCUCAAUAAACAAUGACAUAAAACAAUUACAAGAAGAUACCAAACUAUUACAAGCGCUAUUGCAAGCUACGAGUAAUAGAAAUGUCGAUAAUAAUAAGCCUAUAAUUUCGGGUAUAACAUCAAAUGUGAGAAUUGCUUCUAAUCCAUUAACAACUUCAAUGGGAUCAAAUCCAACUACUUCAUUCAAUGUAAGGCCAGUGUAUACAACAACAAGAGCACCUUUUACGUCAACUGUAAAAUCGCAAAUUGUUACUGUAUCUACUUUCCAGCCUACAACUGAAGACAUUGGAAUUUCUACAACAUUCCAACCUAUUAAUAAAAUAAUGUCUACUACCACACCAAAUAGUCGAAUCACAAUAACAACAGAAAUCCCUAGUAGUUCUACAUAUUCAGAUGAAGAAGACCUACUUUUUUUACAAAAUUUGAAAUCCGUCUUAAACACAAAUAACAAAAAUGAGGAUCCCGAAACAGCAUUAGCUAAUCGUGUCAUAGCACUCGCUGUGGAGAGAAGUCUGAAUGAAAUACAACAAGGCAAAAGUGUAGGAACAACAGAGGUAAUGACAACAACGACACCAAAACCAACUACAACAACAAGAACCACUACUACACGCAUAACAACUACACCUCGUCAAAACAUGCUUUCAAUUGAAGAUGACAUAAAACAAUUCGAACAAGAUACGAAACUUCUUCAAGCACUUUUAAAAGCAACGGGACAGGAUCCAUCCAAAUUUAAUAUACCAACGUUACCAACUGUUACAACCACUGUGAGUGUAAAUAAUCCGCCAAGUGUGGACGAUGAUUUAAAGCUUUUAUCCAAUUUGCUUGCAUCACCCUCACCCUUGAAUGAACCCUUUGAUCCUUUGACACAGAGACCUGCUGCGAUUCAAAGUAAUAAAGGUAUACCUCCCACAACGUCGAUAAAGCCUCAAAAUAUUAAAAUUGCUGUAAAGGACGACUUGAAAAAUGAACAAGAUGAUGCCAAGCUACUGCAAACAUUGAUAAAGCUCCAAGAUGCCCAAGAGACCACGACUGUGAGAAGCAAAUUAGCUAUUACAGGACAUGAUCCAGAUGAAGCGCUUAAGAAAUUAAUACAAAAGACACAACCAGCGGGAAUGAUGUCGGAGGCUACUAAAUCGUCUAUAUCACUGAGCACUGAGUAUGGAAAUAGCAAUGAUGCGCUGCUUGCGGCAUUGUUGAAGGAACAAGGUUUCGGUCCAACCACGGCAAGUUCUUUGGAUGAACAACUUCGUCUCGCUGCAUUACUCAAUCAAGUGGUCGUGACACCGAAGGCAAGGCGGACGACGACACCUCCGCCUCCUCCACCAGCGCCUCGUCGACCGAUACUGGAUGGGUUAGCUUGGUUGUGGCAGCAGUGGAGGGAAACUGGCCCGGGACCGGGGGGAUCUAGGCCGAGUAGGCCAGCGUCAGUGAGACAACCGACGCCAUCACAAGCGACGAGCUCUAGAGUCAACUGGUUCGGAUCUGGGCCUUUCGUCGGUAAUGCGGACGAAGGGCCCCCCGCCAACAGAAUACCCCUGGAGCCUCCUAGUGCCGUCGAACAGGGUCCAGGCAGAGGUCAGUUAGUAUCAGCCGCCAUCAACGUUACCAGGGCCUUUUCGCAAUUCUUAGGAGCGGCGAUACAGGGAGCCGCCCAAACUGUCCAAAGCGUUUUCCGAGCAGGACAGAAGGCCGCAUCAGACAUGUAUACAAACGGCUCUGGAGGAUCAGGAUAAUCCGAUACACUCGAAUCUAGGCGCGGAUCCAGGAGUCAAAUGAACAGGGAAAACUCAUACCACUGAGAAAUUACUCCUAUAACUCCUUAGAUUAGCUUGAAUAGGCCAAAGAAUUGUCGAGCAUUAAAAUGACCUUUAUUAUGUGUCUUGUUAUUAGUGGUGUGUUUACUUUUCAUUUGUUCUUUGGUUCUGAAGCCGCGCCUUUCGAAACUUUUCCGAAAGUGUCAUACAUUGUACGCACUGUAGUGCGAGUUCUGUAAAUAUCGACGUGUAGAUAGACAAGCGAUUUGUUAAAUGUGUCUUUGAUCUCAUUAAUGUUGCAAUUAUGGUACUGAGAUGUGAAUCGUCAAGAAUUAUGUUAUACAUUAUUUGUUGGAGCUAUUCUUCAGUGCCAAUCAGUUAAAGGCACAUUUAAUGUUAUGACGUGGUAGAAGUAAUUUUCUUUAAGUUUGUGUAAUAUAUCUACUGUAUAGUGUUUCUUUAUUCUACAGAUGUUCCUAUAAGAAAAUGUAGGAAAAUUGUAAAGUAGGUAUUAAAUGCAAAGAGAAAUGGACGGAUAUAUCGUAAAUUAUUACUAGGUUAGCGCGGAAGUGUGAUGAUUACAGAUAAAUACAUAAAGCUGAUGUAAAUUGAAUUUCCAUAGCUUUGUAGGGUUUCUCGACUUUUCUAUUCGAUGUAAAUAAAAGGCGUGCGUUGCUUUUUUCGAAUCUUUCUUUUACUCGACUAUCGAACGAUCUUUUUACGUUUAGUUUUAUCUUGGCUUCAGCAUGUUUUGCUAUUGUUUUAGUAAUUCAAUGUUUUAAAAACGCCUUCAUACUGAAUUAAUUAAAUAUUAAUCGCUUUAUUACUUGUGUUUUUCAAAAUGAACUUAUCUUUUCAAUGCCUUUGUAUUGUAAUAACUAAUAAUGUUCUAUAAACUUAAAUUUAACGUAGUAAUAUUUGGUUUAUUUUUAAGUCUGGUGCCAUUUAGCACGUGCUUCGUGAAAUCGCUUCUGUUCUUUUAGCUUUUAUUUAUUUACCUUAUAGUUUAAUUAUGUUUAGUUGCCAUAGAUAGAGAGAUCUAGACCAUUCUCAUAUAACUUUUUAUUUUCAUAGCAUAUUAUUCUAUUUCUGUACGAUAUGAGAAUAGUAUUUUCGUGUUGCCUAUAUAGCCUUUUUAAUGCUGUUCUUCAGUAUCGACGUAGAUAUAAUAAGAAUGUUUUUAAAGAAUAGAAAUUUUAAGAACCAAUGAGAAGUCUAGUUCUUUCUAUUUGUGGUUAGUACUUACACGUAUAAAAAUGUACCUAAGUCAUAUUAUUCGACAUUAAAUAUCUCAUAAGAUAUAUAAUUUGACAUCUCACGGUGAUAGUAAUUUUAAACUUUUAAUUUCAAUAGAUGUAUUUAAUUUUACUGUGUUUUCGAAUUUGUUUAUUGUUAAUUGUUUGCGUAAAAUUACUAUAAUAGUUUUAUAUGAACAACUGCCGUAAUAAUAAGUUAGUUUUAAGAUGCGGGUUAAUGUAUGAAGAUAAUAUUAUUUCUUAACAUUCUUGCAUGCGUAUUUAUGACUGAAAAAGGCUUAUGGUAACCUGACACUGCCUCCUGCUUUUAUACUAUAUUGUAUAUUGUAAUAGUGUAAGUGUAAAAUAUUUGAAACAUAGUGUAAUAAAUUAAUUUAU